UAUAAAUACUUGUGUUCUGUUUUCAGCGCCAUUCAGUGCACAGUCCUCCUUUGUUGGGGUGGAGGUAUCUACAACAGACAAGGCAAGAUCCAAGGCAAUGAAAUUGGUUCAGGUUAAAGAGAUCAAUAAUAAGUUUGUGCCUGUGUCUGCCUUCCCUCAAUCCAAGUCUGCUGCUAUUGCUAAUUCUGAUGAUGCCACUCAGCCUAUGUAUCAUCCUUUUGUUUCCUGUAAGUCUCAAAGUAAAUGCACUCUGUACACUCUCUGGUUUGUAACUCUACUAUACAGUGAUGUCUCCACCUGUGUCUUCUUUUCAAUACCAAUCUGGCACUGGUACAGAUUCUAGUAGAUCCUCAUCAUUGGCUACAGGAAGCAGCUACAAUCCUGAUUCAGCAAUUGGUUCACCUGGACCAACACCUCCUUCGUCAAGGCCUCAAGGCAAUUCUGGAGAAGGAGAUUGUUCAUAUCUUCCAAACACCACAGUUGAACCAACUGGUGUAUCACUAGGUGAAGGUGCUUAUGGUGAAGUAUGCGAGGUUUCAUACAAGGGAAACAUAUAUGCAGCAAAGAAGUACAAAAUAUCAAAAAAGGAAGAACUAAUUAAUUUACAUAAGAGGCUCAAGGCUUUUGUUCAGGAGGUCCAAAUCCCCUUACUAAUCAGCCAUCCCAAUAUCGUGCCUUACUGUGGAGUGUGCAGAUUAAAAGGAGAUGGAGACAACCCGGUCAUUGUAAUGGAAAGAAUGGACAAAAACCUAACUGAAUACCUAAAGGAAGGUUUGAUUACCUUGGAUAAAAAAUUCCGAGUGUUGCUUCAUGUUGCAAAAGGACUGCAACACCUUCAUCAGCAGAAACCUGCCAUCAUCCACCGUGAUCUUACAGCCAACAAUGUCCUGCUUAAGAAUGGAGUUGCAAAAAUCGGUGAUUUUGGGAACUCUCGAAUAGUUGAUCUUAAAACAUCUGAGCCUCUUACUACUAGACCUGGUACCAUCGACUACAUGCCUCCAGAAGCAAUGGAAGGGGGUCUCUACAAUGAAAAAUUGGAUAUUUUCUCUUACUCUCAUCUCGCAAUCCAUGUAAUAAUCCAAACCUAUCCCCUCCCAAAGAAUCCAACUUUUUAUGAUGGUGCAACACUAGUUCCUCGUACUGAAGUUAAACGACUAUUUGAAUGGUGGUAAACACCCAUUUUAUUCAAUAGUUUUGGAAGGUCUUUCAAAUAAGCCAGGCCCAAGGCCUAGCUGUGAACAAAUUAUUUCAACACUCCCAAUGGAGUUAUAAUUCUGUAUCGUCAGUAGUUGAUUAUCACGACGUCGUGUAUAUUUACAAGUGGAAAAAUCAUUUCUUCAAAAUGAAGGGGGAUGUAGGGAUGGCGUA